AUGGAAUCGGAGAAGACGAGUUUUGUGAGUUCAAUCACAGUUAGACCAUCGUGGGCAUUCAUUCUCCUUGCUUUCACCGUCUUAGCCAUUCUCUCUCACCAAAUCUCCUCCAAUUCCUUCCUCCCUCUCUUUAUCUCGACCACCACCACGACGCCUAUACAUGACCCGGUUACAUGCUCCGGGUUCUUUAACCACGACCCGUCCCCGAAACGGAUCGUCAUGUCUAUAACCGAAUUCGGCGGAGUGGGAGACGGCAAGACGUCGAAUACGGAGGCUUUCCGCCGUGCCGUACGGCAUCUUGGAGGCUUUGCGGCUGAAGGUGGGGCCCAGCUUAAUGUUCCCAAGGGCACGUGGCUAUCCGGAAGCUUUAACCUCACCAGUAACUUCACGCUCUUCCUCGAACAAGGCGCUGUUAUUUUGGGAUCCCAGGAUCCAGAGGAAUGGCCGAUAAUAGAGCCAUUGCCUUCUUAUGGGAGAGGGAGAGAGAGACCUGGUGGUAGACACAUUAGCCUCAUUCAUGGAGACAAUCUCACUAAUGUUGUCAUUACAGGUGAAAAUGGUACAAUCGAUGGACAGGGAAAAAUGUGGUGGGAGUUAUGGUGGAACAGAACACUGGUGCAUACAAGAGGCCAUCUUAUUGAGAUCAAGAACUCCCAUAAUAUCCUCAUCUCUAACCUCACUUUACGCAACUCUCCUUUCUGGACACUACAUCCUGUUUACUGCAGCAAUGUUGUUAUCAGAGAUAUGACCAUCCUUGCUCCAAUGAAUGCUCCCAACACUGAUGGUAUAGACCCAGACUCAAGCACCAAUGUCUGCAUUGAGGACUGUUACAUCGAAAGCGGCGAUGACCUUGUAGCUGUGAAGAGCGGGUGGGACCAAUAUGGAAUGGCUAUGGCACGUCCUAGUUCAAACAUCAUCAUCAGAAGAAUCUCUGGCACAACACGAACUUGCUCAGGUGUUGGAAUAGGAAGCGAGAUGUCUGGUGGGAUUUUCAACAUAACCAUACAAGACAUUCACAUUUGGGACUCUGCAGCUGGACUCCGCAUCAAAACUGAUAUAGGAAGAGGUGGUUACAUUUCGAACAUCACCAUCACUAAUGUGUUGUUGGAGAAAGUGAAAGUUCCUAUUAGAUUUAGUAGAGGCUCAAAUGAUCAUCCUGAUGAUAAGUGGGAUCCUAAAGCUAUGCCGAGAGUGAAAGGUAUUUAUAUCAGCAAUGUUGUGAGUGUUGACUCGAGGAAGGCUCCUAUGUUGCUUGGUGUUGAAGGAGGAACGUUUCAAGACAUAUGUUUGAGGAAUGUAACGCUUCUUGGGUUGCCUCAGACAGAGAAAUGGAAAUGCAAGGAUAUUUCUGGAUAUGUUAGUGAUGUUUUUCCUUUGCCGUGUCCACAAUUGUUGCAGAAUGGAGGUUCGGCCUCUCAGUGUUUAUAGAUGAGUUUGUGAUUAGUUUUUAUAUAGAAUUCCAUGUGAUAGAGGAGACCAUGAGUUUGAGCUAGUUUUUUUAUUAGGGUAAAGGGUCUUGGUCACUUCAAAAGAUGCCAUGUUGGUUUUUCUUUUUCACAUUUAUUUAUUCUUGUUUGUGAAUUUUGAUUCUUUUGAAUAUACUUUGUGUAGCGA